AUGGUAGCUACUUCAUUGAUACAGCGUCUUCUUUGGGUUUGUCAAUAUCCUGGCUUUUCGAAAAGCCUCCUUGGACCAUAUGAAAAUGUUGGAGUGAUACAAGGAAGAAUUCCAAGCUCGGCCGCCUGUCAAGUCUUUUACCCAGCUGCAGCUGACAGCACCAGCAACAAAUCUUUGCCGUACUUUCGUCCCAGGGCUGUUCAAGGUCUAGCCGAAUACAGUGGAAUGGAUCCAAAUCUAUUUCAAUUCUUGUCGUGGAAGCGUCAUCCAUGUCAAGUGCAUGCACCGCCCGCCGUUGGCGAAUUCCCAGUCGUUCUGUUUUCUCACGGACUUGGGGGUUGUCUGGAAAUGUACACGGACAUUUGCCAGCAAGUGGCUUCUUCGGGUAUGAUAGUAGUGGCUUUGGAACACGAAGAUGGUAGUGGGUGUUUCGCGGAGACGGCUGACGGACAAGAGAUUCGGUACAAAUCGCCAUCCUCCAAAGAACCGUAUUCUCGGAACAAGGUGGUCAACUUUCGAAAGGAUUUCUUGGAACAUCGAGCUAGAGAAGUCACCAGGACCAUGGAAUUCUUUCUAGGGGGUUGGAAAGACGAAAAGAAUCUCGACAUGUCUAGCAAUGGUGUCUAUGAAACCACUACCGACGUGUGGAAACAAGUAUUGGAAAAGGUGGAUACAAAGAAGGGCGUUGCUCUCUUUGGGCAUUCCUUUGGGGGUGCCUCUAUGGUAUAUACCAUGCAACGAGAGGGGCAAGACCAGACAAAAGUCUUGGAUGGGGUCAAUUCGGUAACCAUGUUAGACCCUUGGGCGUUUGCGUUGGACAAGAAACUGAUUGAAAAGGGAUCUCAAUCCUCUGUCCCUUACCUAUCCGUUCUAUCUGAAGGAUGGGUGACCAAUCCGGAAACGGAACAGGUGCUGGAGCUGCAUGUGGAUAAUCCUGAUAAUCUCUAUUACAUGCCCCACAGUCGUCAUGCUUCUUUCUCGGAUUCUCCAUGGUGGCUCCCACGAGUGAUCACUCGUCGAUUUGGUUUGCGGGGAAAGAAGGAGGCAAGGCACGAGACUAUUGCGGCGAGUGCCAAGGCUUGUAUCAACCACAUGAAAGCAUCCAUCAAGUGCUAUCAAAAGGGUGGUAGUAUCACAGAAAUGGAUACCAGUGGGCUUGCCCCACUCUUGCCCUUCCCCUAUUCCACCACAGAACUAAAGCUUCCCAGGGCACAACAGCUUAGUUCGCAAAAGAUGUAA